AUGGCAUCCAGAGAGAGGCUCUUUGAACUUUGGAUGCUUUAUUGUACAAAGGUUAUUGGAGGAGAAGGAUACUACUUAAAAACAUGUUUUUCAAGAGAGGAGCUACAUUACUACUAUGAAGAUACUGGAGAGGCUUUUCCUUAUGGAAAAUUUCAAGUGGGCAUAAAUAGAGAAGAUAAUACAGUGAACCCUUUUGUAUCUGUCAUCCUGCUUCAAUCCAGUUCACGUUUGAAAGAUCCAGAUUACCUGAAGCUCUGGUUGGACAGUUUUGUUUCUAGCUAUGAACAGUUCUUAGAUGUUGACUUCGAAAAGUUGCCUACCAGGGUAGAUGAUGUGCCUCCAGGAAUAUCUCUGCUUCCUGAUAAUAUUCUGCAGGUUCUAAGGAUCCAGCUACUACAGUGUGUUCAGAAAAUGGCAGAUGGGUUAGAGGAACAACAACAAGCUUUGUCAGUUUUGCUUGUCAAGUUCUUCAUUAUUCUUUGCAGAAAUCUAUCUAAUGUGGAAGAAAUUGGGACUUGCUCAUAUAUUAAUCAUGUCAUCACUAUGACAACACUCUAUAUUCAGCAAUUAAAAAGCAAAAAAAAAGAGAAGGAAUUGGCAGAUCAGACAUCUGUUGAAGAAUUUGUGAUCCAUGCAUUGGCGUUUUGUGAAAGUUUGUAUGAUCCAUAUCGGAAUUGGAGGCAUAGAAUUUCAGGACGAAUCCUUAGUACUGUGGAAAAGAGCAGACAGAAAUAUAAACCAGCUUCUCUCACAGUGGAGUUUGUCCCUUUCUUUUAUCAGUGUUUUCAGGAAAGUGAACAUCUCAAGGAAAGUCUUAAGUGUUGCUUAUUGCAUCUCUUUGGAGCCAUUGUAGCCGGUGGGCAGAGGAAUGCUUUGCAAGCAAUUUCUCCAGCCACCAUGGAAGUUCUUAUGAGAGUUUUGGCAGAUUGUGAUUCCUGGGAGGAUGGAAAUCCUGAAGAAGUGGGUAGGAAGGUAGAACUUACUCUGAAGUGCCUUACAGAAGUAGUACAUAUCCUUCUCACUAGCAGCUCUGAUCAGCGUCAGGUGGAAACCAGCACUAUUUUGGAGAACUAUUUUAAAUUGCUAAAUUCAGAUCAUUCGGCUUUACCUAAUCAAAGGAGGUCCAGACAGUGGGAAAGCCAGUUCAUAGCUCUGCAGAUCAAAAUGUUGGAUACCAUCACAGCCAUGUUAGACUGCACUGAUAGGCCUGUUCUUCAGGCCAUUUUUCUUAACAGUAAUUGCUUUGAACAUCUCAUACGACUGUUACAGAAUUGCAAGCUCUUUUUAAAUGCUAACACUAAGGUGACAGACAAGAACGAGAAAGACCUUGCCAACAAAUUACUGACAGAAAUAAAUGAGGACCAGGUGUUUCAGGGACAGUUGGAUUGUUUGGCUAUAUCAACCAUUCAGGCUUUGACAGCAGUAAUGAACAAAUCUCCAGCUGCUAAGGAAGUAUUUAAAGAAAGAAUUGGUUAUACACAUAUGUUUGAGGUUUUAAAAUCCCUGGGUCAGCCACCACUGGAACUACUUAAAGAACUUAUGAAUAUGGCUGUAGAGGGUGACCACACUUCAGUUGGGAUUUUGGGCAUUAGUAAUGUCCACCCUCUCUUGCUUCUUAUCCAGUGGCUUCCAGAGCUAGAAUCCCAUGAUCUGCAAAUCUUCAUCUCUGAUUGGCUGAAAAGAAUUUGUUGUAUUAAUAGGCAGAGUCGAACUACUUGUGUCAAUGCAAACAUGGGACUUCACAUCAUCAAAACUCUUGAUUCCCAUUCUUCCCUCCAUCGAACUUGUGCUGAGAACUUGAUUGCACUUCAUGGUUCCUUGGGGAGUCAGUCAGUGAGCUCAGAAGAAAUACGUCGACUACUAAGAUUGCUGAGAGUGGAUGAAUCUGAGUAUAUUCACCCUUAUACCACUCCUGUGACUCGAGCAAUUCUGACAAUGGCCCGAAAACAAAGUCUAGAGAGCGCACUGCAGUAUUUUAAUUUGUCACAUAGUAUGGCAGGAAUUUCUGUGCCUUCCAUACAGAAGUGGCCAGGGUCUGCCUUUUCUUUCAAUGCUUGGUUUUGCUUAGAUCAGAAUCAGUUGACUCUUGGCAAUGCUAACAAAGGAGGAAAAAGAAAACAAUUGUACAGCUUCUUUACAGGAAGUGGCAUGGGUUUCGAAGCUUUUAUUACCCAUUCAGGUAUGUUGGUUGUGGCAGUGUGCACAAAAAGAGAAUAUGCUACAGUUAUGCUUCCUGACCACAGUUUCUGUGAUUCCCUCUGGCACAACAUAACCAUUGUUCACAUGCCUGGAAAAAGACCCUUUGGUCAGAGCCUUGUCUAUAUCUAUGACAACGGACAGCAGAAGGUCUCUGCCCCUCUCAGAUUUCCUGCCACGAAUGAACCUUUUAUUUCCUGCUGCAUUGGUUCAGCUGGGCAAAGAACCACCACUCCUCCACCUUCCCAAAUCCCAGAUCCACCUUUUUCUUCCCCCAUUACCCCUCAUCGGACAUCAUUUGGUGGAAUUUUGUCAUCAGCCUCCUGGGGAGGAACACUUGAAAAAUCAAAAUUGAUUACCAAAUUGAUAUCAGCUGGAACCCAAGAUAGUGAAUGGGGAUGCCCCACAUCUCUGGAGGGUCAGCUAGGGUCCGUUAUCAUCUUCUUUGAAGCACUACAGCCUCCUCAAGUGAAGGCAUUAUAUUUAGCAGGUCCAAACUGUUUAAGCCCAUGGAAAUUUCAGGAGUCUGACAUGGCUGAACUGCCUGGUAACAUCCUUCUUCAUUACACUGCAAAGGCCUGCAAAAAUUCAAUCUGUCUUGAUUUAUCUACUAAUUGUUUGCAUGGAAGAUUAACAGGAAACAAAGUAGUGAACUGGGACAUUAAGGACAUCAUAAACUGCAUAGGUGGAUUAAAUGUACUGUUUCCUCUGUUGGAACAAAUCAGCCACUUUGGUGAAGGACAGAUUUCUGAAGGAAUGAAUGAAAGUUCAGUUUCUGAAUUAAUAACGCCUGUAGAAGGAGAUUGGGUCAUAUUGACCUCCACAAAGGCAUCAGAGUCAAGAUUAGAAAGAAAUUUAAUUGCAACAUUUAUCUUGAUUGUGAAACACUUCAUUCAAAGACAUCCUAUCAACCAGGACAAUCUUAUUAACUGCCAUGGAGUUGCCACUCUUGGUGCCUUACUUCAGAAGGUGCCAAGCUCCUUGAUGGAUGUUAAUGUACUGAUGGCAAUUCAGUUACUAAUUGAACAGGUAUCAUUAGAGAAAAAUAUACAGCUCCUGCAGCAAAUGUAUCAAUAUUUACUCUUUGACUUCCGUAUUUGGAACCGUGGAGAUUUUCCCUUUCGAAUUGGUCACAUACAGUAUCUUUCCACCAUCAUCAAAGACAGCAGGAGAGUUUUCCGAAAGAAGUAUGGUGUGCAGUUUCUCCUCGAUACACUUAGGAUUUAUUAUGGGAGUGAUUGUAAAUAUAGUGAGCUGUCUCUAGAUGACGUUCGAACAAUAAGGACUUCUUUGUAUGGACUAAUUAAAUAUUUUCUGUGCAAAGGUGGAACUCAUGAAGAGAUACAGAGUAUUAUGGGUUACAUAGCUGCUGUCAAUGAAGAAGAACAGCUCUUCGGAAUUUUGGAUAUGCUCUUCAGUCUCCUCCGUACCAGCCCAACUAGAGGUCAGCUUUUCUUACUGCUGUUUGAACCAGGAAAUGCUGACAUACUUUAUGCCUUGCUCUUAAAUCAGAAGUACUCUGACAGACUAAGAGAAAUAGUUUUUAAGGUUAUGGAACAAAUGUUGAAAUGCACAAAUGUUUAUGAACGAAGUAAACAACGUAUUCGGCUCAGAGAAGUUGGCUAUUCAGGAUUGGGACUUCUUCUUAAUGAAGCACCCAUUAAUACCUCUCUCAUUAAAAGCCUCAUCAAUCAGAUUAUAAAUACAGAUCCUGCUAUUAAUUUCAAAGACCUGUUGUCUGUGGUAUAUAUAUCUCACAGAACACAUAUAAAUGUCAGGGUGGUUAUCUGCAGAAAGAUUUUACAGAUUUUGCAGUCCCAGCCAGAUGCAGCACAUCAAAUAUCUCAACAAGUGGGUUGGCAAGACACUUUAGUUAGGCUUUUUUUAAAAACAAAUUUUGAAAAUGGAAAUACUCUCCAUAAGCACAGUAGGGCUAUUUCAAUGAAAGACAGUGAUAAAAAUUUCUCAGCUGAAGAUAUUAAGAGGAACUUUGAUGAAAAGAUCGAUGAGGAAAGAAUCAACUCUUUUGCCUCAGCUAAUGUGUCUUCAGAUCAGUGGAGUUUAGAGGAUAGACACUCUCUAGACUCACACACACCAUUAUUUCAAGAAGAUAGUUCUGUGGGAGAAUUAUCUUUCAAAUCAGAGAAUCAAGAAGAAUUCUGGAAUAAUAACCCUUCACAUUUGAGUUUAGAUCUCAGUGGAAUAGACUCAUGUGAACUGAGUGACAGUGGAAGUCACAUGCCAGACAGCCUGCCUAGCACGCCAUCCCCAAUAGAAUCUACUAAAUCAUUUUCUGUGCAUUCUGACAAAGAGAGCAGCGUCAUAAAUGAUCCAGGCUUUGGUGAUGACUUCUCUUUACUUGAAAGCCAAGAGAGAUGUGAGGAGGAGCUUCUUCAAUUACUGACAAAUAUUUUGAACUAUGUAAUGUGUAAGGGACUAGAAAAGUCUGAUAAUGGUACUUGGAUUGAACGGGGACAAGUGUUUUCAGCACUAACUAAACCAGGAAUAUCCAGUGAACUACUUCGACCCUCAGAUGAAAUAAAAUUAAUUUUGCUACAGAACAUGUUAGAAUGGACAGUCACAGAAAACAGAGAAUCAAAAACGAAUCCAGUAACUGCUGAAAAUGCCUCCCGACUCAUCCUGAUCAUACAGGACUUUCUGCAGUCAGAGGGCCUUGUUAAUUCAAACAUGUGGACUGAGAAGCUUUUAGACGAUCUGAUGCUACUCUUUGAUGGUCUGUCAGUUUGGUAUUCUGAAGGUCAAGUAUGGGCAAAACUGCCUCAAAUUCAAAUCCAGUUGCUUCUAGGAUUCAUUGGAAGGGGAAAUUUGCAGGUUUGUGCAAUGGCAUCAGCUAAGCUAAACACCCUUCUUCAGACCAAAGUGAUUGAAAAUCAGAAUGAAGCAUGUUACAUUUUAGGGAAGCUGGAACAUGUUCUAAGUCAAUCAAUUAAGGAACAGACUGAAAUCUACUCAUUUCUGAUUCCCCUGGUCCGUACCCUGAUUUCCAAAAUCUAUGAGCUUCUCUUCAUGAACUUGCACCUGCCUUCUUUACCUUUUACCAAUGGUAGCUCUUCAUUUUUUGAAGAUUUUCAAGAAUAUUGCAGUUCAAAUGAAUGGCAAGUUUACAUCGAAAAAUAUAUCGUGCCUUACAUGAAGCAGUAUGAAACCCAUACAUUUUAUGAGGGUCAUGAGGACAUGGCACUUUAUUGGAAGAAUUGUUAUGAAGCCUUAAUGGUGAAUAUGCAUAAACGAGACCGGGAAGGAGGAGAAAGCAAGCUUAAGUUUCAGGAGUUUUUUGUGGAACCAUUUAAUAGAAAAGCCCGCCAAGAGAACUUGAGGUAUAAUAAUACACUUAAACAACUUAGCAAUCAACAGUUAAUCACUCUGAGACGCUGGAAGGCAGUACAGCUCUAUCUUACAUCUGAAAGGGGACCUUGGGCUGAAAGGAAACAAAAUCCAAUUCACUGGAAACUAGCUAAUGUAGAAAAUUAUUCCCGCAUGAGACUUAAAUUGGUGCCAAAUUAUAACUUCAAAACUCAUGAAGACGCUAGCGCUCUCAGAGAUAAUCUAGGCGUCCAACACUCACAGCCUUCCAGUGAUUCAUUGCUUUUGGAAGUAGUGAAACAAGUAAAAGUUAGCAAUAUGGAGGAGGAUAAAUUAGACCUUCCUGAAGAAGACUUAACAGCCAGAGGAAAUAUUGAUGAGAAAGAAGAACAGGAUCAAAAAGAAAAAUUGGUCUUGUCGGAAGAUUGUGAACUCAUUACAAUAAUUGACGUAAUUCCUGGCAGAUUAGAAAUCACUACUCAACACAUUUACUUCUAUGAUUGCAGUAUUGAAAAAGAAGAUGGAGUAGGCUUUGAUUUCAAGUGGCCUCAUUCUCAAGUUCGAGAGAUUCAUCUGCGGCGUUACAAUUUAAGGAGGUCAGCUCUUGAGAUUUUUCAUGUUGACCAAUCCAACUACUUUCUCAAUUUCAAAAAAGAGGUUAGAAACAAAGUAUAUAGCAGACUGUUGUCACUUCAUUCUCCAAAUAGUUAUGGAACCAGAUCACCACAGGAAUUAUUCAAAGCAUCAGGAUUGACACAGAAAUGGGUGAACAGAGAGAUAUCAAAUUUUGACUACCUCAUUCAAAUAAAUACAAUGGCAGGACGAACCUAUAAUGACCUUGCGCAGUAUCCUGUGUUUCCCUGGAUUUUACAAGAUUAUACGUCAGAAGAGUUGGACCUUAAUAACCCAUCUGUAUUUCGAGAUCUUUGCAAACCAAUUGGAGUAGUUAAUGAUAAAAAUGCCAAAGCCAUGCGAGAAAAAUAUGAAAAUUUUGAGGAUCCCAUGGGAACUAUUGAUAAAUUUCAUUAUGGUACUCACUAUUCAAAUUCUGCUGGGGUUAUGCACUAUCUUAUUCGUACAGAACCAUUCACCACCCUCCACAUCCAGCUUCAGAGUGGAAGGUUUGACUGUGCAGAUCGACAGUUCCAUUCCAUCCCCGCCACAUGGCAGGCUCUCAUGGACAACCCAUAUGAUGUGAAGGAACUUAUUCCUGAAUUCUUCUAUUUCCCAGAGUUUUUGGAAAAUCAAAAUCAAUUUAACUUGGGUUGUCUACAAGUUUCCAAAGAAGUAGUAAAUGAUGUCAUUCUCCCCAAAUGGGCUAAGUCAGCUGAAGAUUUCAUCUAUAAACAUAGGAAAGCUUUGGAGUCUGAAUAUGUUUCUGCUCAUCUUCAUGAAUGGAUAGAUCUGAUUUUUGGCUAUAAACAGAGGGGGCCAGCGGCAGUGGAAGCACUCAAUGUUUUCUAUUACUGUAGUUAUGAAGGAGCUGUGGAUCUGGAUGCCUUAACAGAUGAGAAGGAAAGAAAAGCCUUAGAAGGGAUGAUUAAUAAUUUUGGGCAGACACCUUGUCAACUGUUAAAGGAACCACAUCCUCCUAGAUUGUCAGCAGAAGAAGCAGUGCAGAAGCAGACCAAAACAGACACUUCAACCCUAAACCUAUUUCAACACCUCUCUGAACUCAAGUCAUUUUUUAUAGAGGGAAUUAGUGAUGGCAUUCCACUAAUAAAGGCCAUUGUCCCCAAAAAUCAGUCUCGUUCUUUUAUGUCUCAAGGCAGUCCUGAGUUACUGAUAACAGUAAGCAUGAAUUACAUUGUUGGAACCCAUGGAUGGCUGCCUUAUGACAGAAACAUUUCUAAUUACUUUACAUUCAUCAAAGAUCAAACUGUAACAAAUCCAAAAACUCAGCGUAGUAUGAAUGGUCCUUUUGCUCCAGGGCUGGAGAUCACUUCUAAGCUAUUCAUAGUAUCACAUGAUGCGAAGUUGCUUUUCAGUGCUGGACACUGGGAUAAUAGCAUUCAAGUGAUGUCACUUACAAAAGGCAAAAUUAUUUCACACAAUAUCAGACACAUGGAUAUUGUGACUUGUUUAGCUACAGAUUACUGUGGAAUACAUUUGAUUUCUGGUUCCAGAGACACUACAUGUAUGAUAUGGCAAAUAACACAACAGGGAGGUGUUCCUGUGGGCUUAGCAUCUAAACCCUUUCAGAUUCUGUAUGGACACACUGAUGAGGUAUUGAGUGUCGGCAUCAGCACUGAACUAGACAUGGCAGUGUCAGGAUCAAGGGAUGGCACUGUGAUUAUACAUACCAUUCAGAAAGGUCAAUACAUGAGGACUUUACGGCCACCUUGUGAGAGUUCUCUGCUCCUGACUAUUCCUAAUUUGGCUGUAUCUUGGGAAGGACAUAUUGUCAUCUAUUCCAGCAUUGAAGAAAACACCAAUCUCAAGGAUAAGAAUGCAUUACAUCUGUUUUCCGUAAAUGGCAAGUAUCUAGGGUCCCAAGUCCUGACAGAACAAGUAUCGGAUAUUUGUAUCACUGGAGAACAUAUUAUCAUGGGCAGCUUACAAGGCUUCCUGUCCAUAAGAGAUCUCCACAGUUUGAAUCUCAGCAUGAACCCAUUAGCCAUGCGAAUGCCUAUCCACUGUGUUUGUGUAACCAAAGAAUACAGCCAUAUUCUUGUAGGAUUAGAAGAUGGCAAGUUGAUUGUAGUGGGUGUUGGCAAGCCAGCUGAGAUGCGUUCAGGUCAGCUUUCUCGAAAAUUGUGGGGAUCUAGCAAGCGACUCAGCCAGAUUUCAGCUGGAGAAACUGAAUAUAAUACUCAAGAUUCCAAGUGAUUACUAUUUCCAUCUUCUGUCAUGGAUAAAUGAAACUUGAUUUAUUGCUUUGUCACUUUAACCACAUCUCUCAACUAUCUGAAAUAUAUCAGGGCUUUUAUCACUGAAAAUCAUUUAGCGAUUACCAAAAUUCAGUGUGCUAUGUGUGUAUAAAGACACAGGUUGUAUUAUUAUCCACUUUAAAAAUUUCUGGUUAACAAUGAAUCCAGUCUUACUAGUUCUUGAUCUACAUCAAGGUGGAUUUGAGAAAAUACAAUUGAAUUAGAUUUGUGGUUCAUUCCUAAAGAUCAUUAGAGCUAUUGGGGGAAAAAACUUCCAAAAAUGAAGAAGUUGGAUAUAAUUCCAUUAUUAUUCUAAACACCAAAAUUUAAGGUAUUUCUAAGAAGAGUACAGAUGAUGGGACAGUUGAGAGACAUGGCUUUUAAUGUAUUCUUUAGUUAAUCAUUUUCCUAUUUACUGACCACCAUAUUUAAAAAUAUAUAAGCUUAUUUAUGGAACUCCUGAUUGGGGUAAUAUUUUAAAGGCAUCUGUUGCACACUUGGAUUUUCAAAACUCAGUGUAAAUUCCAGGUUUUCAUGAUAAGUUGAAUAUAAGACAGUUGAAACCGGUACAUUGGGUCAUUCCACUACUACUUAGCUUAUUACUAAUGAGAACUUACUGAAACACAUUAUUAUGCUUAAAUAAUAAAGGUUAAAUAGGAAUAAGAGAAACUAGAGAUAUAUUUUGCAGAUGUAUUUCAUUAGUAGUAUAAUUAAGGAAAAAUGCUGAUUAUGAUUUUGACAGGUGGACCCUUUUAAGUAUUAGCAUUUGCAACACAAUUUAUAUCUGCCAAGUUCAAAUUUUCUUGGCUUAUUCUUUACUAAGCAAAUACUUUGUCUUUCCCCAUAAUUAGAAAUGUUAGCAAUGAUACCCAAAUACAUUAACAUUUUUACCUACAACUUCCAUGUGAUUGAUAAAUGAAAAG